GCUCAGUCCGUCACCGUUUUUCAAAACCGAAAGAACAAAGAAUCCAUGUCCUCGCUUCCGAGCCACGCCUAUCCAUUUGCACCUUCCGUCAGCCGGCUUCCGGCACCGAAGAACCUCGUAUCCAUAAGGAAUUCCCCCGUGCCCACAGCCAGAAAGGAGCUAUCUACUGCAAGCGGUAAUUCAGAAGAGAGAAGCAGUAGCUUAACAGUACCGGAGAGAAGAAGCGGAAGAGGGGGACUGAUAAACGUAGAGGAGCUCGAGGAGAGAGAAGCCAGAGAGAGAAGGCAGGAAGUGAACCGGAAGAUAGCUUCCAGGAAGGCCAUCUCCUUGAUUCUGCGGAGAGAGGCAACAAAGGGUGUCAUCGAGAAGAAGAGAGGUCCCACUAAUUCCAAGAGGCUGCUUCCGAGAACUGUGCUUGAAGCCCUUCACGAGAGGAUCACUGCAUUGCGUUGGGAGUCUGCUCUAAAGGUUUUUCAGAUACUACACGAGCAGCUUUGGUACAAGCCUAAUUCUGCUGUUUACAUUAAACUUAUGGUCAUGCUUGGAAAAUGUAAACAGCCUGAAAAAGCCCAUGAGCUCUUUCUGGCUAUGAUUGAUGAAGGGUGUGUUGUGAACACUGAAGCCUACACUGCCCUCUUGUCUGCCUACAGUAGGAGUGGUCGCUUUGACAAAGCUUUUUCUAUUCUGGCACAGAUGAAAAACACUCCCUAUUGCCAUCCUGAUGUGCAGACAUAUUCAAUCUUCAUAAAAUCGUGCCUGCAGGUCUUUUCCUUUGACAAAGUGAAGGUCUUGCUUUCUGACAUGGAAAGGCAAGGAAUUAGGCCUAGCACAAUCACAUACAACACUCUCAUUGAUGCCUAUGGGAAAGCACAAAGGUUUGCAGAGAUGGAGAGAAUACUAGUUCAGAUGCUCCAGGAGAAAGAUAGUGAGCCUGAUGUUUGGACCAUGAACUCAACACUCAGAGCCUUUGGCAGCAGUGGCCAAAUUGAAACAAUGGAGAAGUGCUAUGAGAAGUUUCAGAGAGCUGGCAUCCAACCCAACAUUAAGACAUUCAACAUUCUAUUAGAUUCGUAUGGGAAAACCAGGAAUUAUGAGAAAAUGAGUGCUGUGAUGGACUAUAUGCAGAAAUACCAUUACUCAUGGACCAUUGUGACCUACAAUGUGGUGAUAGAUGCAUUUGGAAGGGCUGGGGAUUUUAAACAGAUGGAGUAUUUGUUUCAGUUGAUGCGAUCGGAGAGAAUCAAGCCAAGCUGUGUAACCCUUUGCUCUCUUGUAAGGGCGUAUGGUCAAGCUGGAAAAGCUGAAAAAAUUGCAGGUGUUUUGCGGUUUAUUGAGAACUUGGAUGUUACGUUAGAUAAUGUGUUUUUUAACUGUCUGGUAGAUGCCUAUGGCAGGCUGGGCUGCUUUGAAGAGAUGAGAGGUGUGCUCAAAAUGAUGGAGGAAAAAGGAUGCAAGCCUGAUAAGAUAAUGUAUAAAACCAUGAUUAAAGCUUAUUCAGCUAGCGGGAUGACUAACCAUGCUAAGGAGCUCUGGGAACUUGUUAAGUCAGCAGAAAGGACUCAAAUGCAGAAGCUGAGACCUGAUUUCUGACCAGUAAAGAGUGGUAUCUCUAAACAUAUUGUGUAUAUUUAGCAUUUACUAUUGACAUAGGUUUGCAAUAAAAACUGCUCUUAUAUAAUUAAUUGUGUAGGUAAUAAUGUAUCAUUUGUUUUCUAUGGCUUAUAAGCACAAUAACGAAAGAAAAUAUAU